UGUCUCUGAUCCGCGGCGGGCUGGCGCGAGGCUUCCGCCCACCUGCUCCCUGGGAGUUGCGCCCGAACUUUGCCGCAGGCGUGAGAUCGCGGGGAUCGGAGCCAGUUCCCACGUGCUUCGCUGGCGACCCGGAGGUCGUCCGGGCUCUCUUUGCAACUCCCCAAAGCUCCCCCUUUCCAGCGCCGCUUCCCCGCGUGAUUUCUCUCGUUCCACUCCUCCAAACGGACCCUUUCCCACAUGGCUGAGGCUCCGCGCUUGACAGCAGAGGACGCGGGUUGUAUUGUCCGCGUCUCUCCCGCCCCUGCUCCCGCCGACGAGACGCGCAGGCCUUCGCCCCAAGGCCCCUGGAGCGGCAGUGGCGUCGUCUUGUCCCAGGCGCCCGGCCUUGUCCUCUGUCAUGGGACCAUCUUCUCCCCCUUCCUUCUGGCGGCUGAGCGGCAAAACUGGCCCCGGCGCAAAGUCCUGCUGGCUGACAGCUUCCUCCCAGACCUCCAGAUUCAGGUGCUCCUGCCAGGUGAAUGCAGCAGCAGCAGCAGCCGAACCCCUAGCAGGAACUGGCCAGGUAAGGACACGGGGGACAACAUCCCGGUUCUGAGAUUCAACCCGCUUUCAAACCUUCACAAGACGCCCAGCAGCCUGAACCUCCACCAGGCCCAGCUGCUGGUGAUGGCCCCCUGCCUGCAGUUCCAGGAUGCUUUCUCCCAAGUCUUCAGGGCGUCUGAUCAGUGGCAUUUUGGGGGGGAUGAGGCUGGACAGGAAUCUGGCUCCUCUCUUGCGGACGACUUGCCUUUCCUGCACUGCUUCGCCCUGCUGAGAAUCCUGGGUUGCGAUUUCCCCCGCACAGGUCGGGUGAGCUGUGCCACAGCCCAAUUGCUGCGGAAGGGGGACCCGGUCUUUACCUGUGGCUCCCCUUUUGGAUCCUUUUGCCCAGAUAUUUUCAUGAAUACCCUCAGCAAAGGGAUAGUGAGUAACACAGCCGGGGAAGGCAAUGCCCUAAUCCUGACGGACGCUCGCUGCUUACCUGGCACUGAAGGCGGGGGCGUCUAUAUGACGUCAGGAAUCGGUUUCCACCUAGUUGGGAUCAUCGUCGCUCCGCUUUGCUGGAAGUCCACUGAGUGGGUUGGCUUGACUCUGGUUUGUGCCAUCGACCGUAUUCUGGAGAGCAUUGGGAGCAUCCUUUCUGGGCCGCGUUGGUGUCUGAAAAGCUGGACGCACCCCAUGGAACUUGUGACCACGCCUCGUGGAAUGAUGGUAGCCAGAGAAGGGCUAGAUCAGCAGAUGUUGGCUGCUGUGGUUCUGGUGGAAUGUGGACCGAUCUGGGGGUCUGGUGUGCUGGUCAAUUCAAGGCUUGUCUUGACCUGUCGACAUGUGGUCCAUGGCGCAUCUAGUGUCUGUGUGAGAUUACAGCCCAGCCCUGAAAAGGCUUCCAUAGCGAAAGGGAAAGUGGUGUUCGCUACCAAGGAUUCUUCCCCCUAUGAUGUAGCCCUGGUGGAAUUAGAGGAAAGCUUGUCCACUUUUGCAGUGCCAGUUCUGGCAUCCAAGUUUCGUACAGGAGAAGACGUGACUAUUGUUGGCUUCGGUGUCUUCGGACGCGCCUGUGGCCCAUCACUAACCUCAGGGAUCUUGUCGUCGGUGGUAGCUGUGCACAAUGAGCCUGUGAUGCUUCAGGCCACCUGUGCGGUUCAUGGAGGCUCAAGUGGGGGAGCCCUCUUUGCCACCCACAGUGGGAAACUCCUAGGUAUCGUUGCCAGCAACACGAGGGAUAACAGCAUAGGAGUGACGUACCCCCACCUGAACUUCAGUAUUCCCAUUACGGUCCUGCAGCCCGCCAUCUUGGAAUACAUCUGCAGCAGAAGCUUGCAUGGCUUCCGGGAACUAGACCGGGUGGAUGACAGGGUCCAGGUUGUCUGGAGGCUCCAAAAAGAACCUGUGGAGAUACCGCUCAGCAAACUCUGAGAGUCUUCAGAAGAAACAUUUUGCUCACACCCGUCCUGGUUGAGCUGUGUCAGGGUGGAGGUGGGGGUCUUGUACAAUUUACAGCCAACCAUUAUUUUGGGGUGCCUCGUCUUGGCUAGGAGCGGGCCUUGAUUUCAGCAGGAGGUCUUGCUUCACCGGAAUUUGCUGCCUUUAUUUCUCAUUCUGCCCAAGGCUGUGGGGUCGGCCCGUGAUGUUUUGCUACUUGAGGCAAAGCAGCCAAUGUCACUCCUCCCACCCAUGCCAGGGUCCAUCACAUCCAAGGCCAGCCAAGUAAUUUUGGCACCGUAGGCAGAAAAAUCCCACGAGCGCCUUUCCCCAUCUCUGGCAGUAAAAAUACAACUGAGUAAAUAACAAUUAGCUGCCCUUUCAGGACGCCCAAAUCCUGCUGUGUUGAAGUGACACCCUCACCCUGUCUAAUGGUAAGGCCUGCUGCUUAUGUUUUUCCAUCUCACCCAAGCCUCAAAACAUGUCUUCUCUCCUUAAAGAACUCUGCCCAUUCUACAUCGCUGCCCCUUAUGCAUGGAACUUUCCCCUGUCAAAUCAUUCUUCAAAACCCACCAUUUCCCCCUAUGAUGCCUUGGCUUUUUCCCAUAAUCUCCACUCUCCCUUAAAAAUAAAACCUAACUUUAUGUAACUACAUUUGCUCAUAUAUCCAUCUCCUGGUAGCCUUGCCUUUCUCUUCCCUCCCUUUGUGAAAAUUUAGGUUAUGUCCUUGAGGCAAGGACCUGUCUUUAUUUUGUUUAUGGUGCUAUAUAAAUAAGCAAUAACAUCCCAGAGGGUGACUUCACUUUUUUACUGAUUGGUUGAUGCUCAGUGCCUUCUGUUGCCACCAGAUGGUGUUGUUGCUGUUCUUAACGUCUGCAUACACUUCGGUGAGCAGACUUCAGGGUUUAUGGGAAGUCCUUUGUUUUUCACUAGAACCCUGAGGUCCACCCAUUGGAGCCAGGCUGAUGCAGGGGAACACAGAGAUGCAGAAUAAGGUGUGUCUGGGCACAUGCUCAGGCCAGGAAUUUGUUUUCAGGACCAGAACCAGAGCGUGCACAGAUUAUGCAUUCUCUCUCAUACACACACACACACACACACACACACACACACACACACACACACACACAUUUACUCCUAUUUUCCCCCAAAUGUUCUUGAUUUUCAGCACCUUAAUGAAGGAGGACAGGGCUCCUGUAUCUUUAACAGUUGUAGUGAAAAGGGAAUUUCAGCAGGUGUAGAAGGCUUUUAGCUCAACCACUGGGAGUCUAAAACGGCUGCUAAUCAAUUGCAAAUCCCCUGGAGGUCUACCAGUAGACCUUGAUCUACCUCCUGCCCACCCCACCCUCUCUACAGAACCAGUGUUCAUCGAGUAGUGACCACUUUUUCUUCUAUUUCAGUUUGUUUAAAGUUUUUAUUUUAAGAAUUAAGUCUUCAAUCAGUAAUUUUUAUGUAGAUGUUCUUCCUCUGCCCACAAAAUGGAUGCCUUGUCUCCAAAAUGGAAUUACAGUGUGUUUCAGCCAUGGACUCUUGCAGAUUCUCUCUUGAAUUGUUUCUUGGUUACCCUUUUUCUCUAUGCCACUGUGAACUCCACUGAGAAAUAAUAGGUCUUCUAUAUCCCCCCACCCCACACACCUUAUUAACACCAUCUCUUAUCUGCAGAUAAGGUGAGCUUUUAGAGGCUUUUUCCAGGGAUUUCUUUGCACAGGCGUUUCAGUAUAGUUUAUAAACAAAAAUUGUUCCAACCACACUUUUUAUCUUCAGUAUGCACUGCCAGUAUCCUCUCCCCAUGUAGUGCUUAGGACUGCUACUUGGUGCUCAUAUAGCCAUUGAAAAAUGAGAAGGUAAAGGGCAAUGUUGCCUUUUGCUUUUCAGCAAUAGCUAGACUUACUCUUUUUAAUUUAGGUUUUUCCAUAAGGAUGAAAUUGAUCACUCUUGUCUUGCUGGUGAUGUAGGCUAGUCAAUUUCACCAUUCCACUGACUUUGACAAGGCCUGGAGAAGUGACUUUAAUUAGAAAACUGGGCUUUUUAACUUCUGCCUCAGCCUCUUCUUGCUCCCCUGCUUUAUGCUUAUACAGUAUCAAGCUGCAAAUGCAAAAUCAAGAAUUAUUGCCCCAAUAGUGAGAAAAAGUUGUGCUUGUUCUUUGUACUGAUUGUACACAGCUUGUGCGUUUGAGGUUUGCACGCAGCUGUCCCCAACAGGUGCCCUCCAGAUAUUUUGGACUACAACUCCCAGCAUCCCUGAUUUAGUCAUGCUGGCUGGGGCAGAUGUGAGUUGGAGUCCAAAAACAUCUGAAGGAUGCCAGGUUGGAAAAGGUUGUUCUAGCCCAUUCAUGCUAUUCUCUGAAUUUCAGCUGGAUAGGGCACAUGAAUAUUGCUGAGAAAAAUUACUUCUAAUCUUUUGCUGGGUGCAGACUGUUGCUUCUGGUAACCUGUAGGAAAAGGUCACGGCCGAAACGGUAAACACACUUUUCAUGUGGACAGACGGAGCUGCUUUGAAUUUCUGGCUGGUGGGGACGUAGACAAAUGCGUGGCAUAACAUCGUAGAAUCCAUUGAUCUGGGGAGCUAAGAUCAGCAAAGUUCUAGGAGUGGACGAUGGAAUGUACAAUAUCCAUUUACCUCCCAGCCUUCCAGAGUUGUCAUGACAAAUGUCCAAAAGAAGCUCAAUACCCUUCAAAGAAAAUGAAGACUUCUUAAGGCCUCCCUCUCCCUUGAGCCAUAAAUAUCUCUAGCUUUAGCCUCUUCUAGCUCUUGUGCAGAGGAGAAAUUGUAUUGGGUUGUUUUGUUUUAAAAUGAUGCGGCAUGUAUACUGGGAGAACAAUUAAGAAUCAAUUGGAGGUCCUUACCAAAGUUAUUGUUCAGCUGGCUAUGUUGGCCUGUCUUCCUAAUUAGAUGCAGUAUUAAAGAUGCACCUUAUGAGUAGGGCUGUGUGUGUAUUCUCUGAUCAUGUUGCAUACAUGUGGAAUUGUGCAUUGUCACAGUGGUAUGGAACAGGCGGCUUCCCAGAUGUCGUUAGUCUGCAGUUCCUGUCCCCACUAGCCACCAUAGCUAAUGGUGAGGGGUGUUGCAGGCUAGCAAUGUUUGGAGGACCACAAAUUCCCCAUCCAUGAUGUAUUGGGUACAGGCUUCAGCAUCCUGAAACUUAGCAGUUUUUAUUUUAUUAUUUGUGGGGGUGGGGUUCAAGCCUUUAAGAUUGCCUGAGCACUUUCAAGCCAUUCUCUCCGCAAUCAUUAGUGCAAUGAUUAGAAUGAGGUGAAGUGUUCUGUUUUUCUUGUGGUUACAUGGUGAGCCUUCAUAGAAUCAUAGAAUAGUAGAGUUGAAAGGGGACUAUAAGGCCAUCAAGUCCAACCCCCUGCUCAAUGCAGAAAUCCACCUUAAAGCAUUCCUGACAGGUGGUUGCCCACCUGCCUCUUGAAUGCCUCUAGUGUGGGAGAGCCCACGACCUCCCUGGGCAAUUGGUUCCAUUGUCAUACUGCUCUAACAGUCAGGAAGUUUUUCCUGAUGUCCAGCCGGAAUCUGGAUUCCUGUAACUUGAGCCCAUUAUUCCAUGUCCUGUCCAUGACUUUGCUAUUUUCUGUCUCUCCUCAUCCUACGCCACCUCCACCCCACAUCUAGCACAAGCAGAAUAAAACAUGAAAAAUUAAUACGUACAUGCAAAGCUGCUAGAUUACCAUAAAUUACACAGAUAGAAUAAUCUUGUUCAUUGUGAGAAGCCAAACUCCCCAGUCUAGCUAAGGAGUUGUGCAUGCACAAACCGGCUUUAUGGAAAAUAUCACUGGCUAAAUUCGAAUGUGCAUCCAAGGUGGAGAUGCAUCCACACUGUACUACUUUGAAUUGGCAUUUCGAAGUGUGUUUGAACGCACACUGCCAGCCACAUUCUUGCAUGCCUAGUUAUACGUUAACACUUUGUUAUCGAUGACUAGACUUUGAUAAAGGCCAGAAUAUAUGAAAUCCUGGUUAUUGGUUUCUGUUGUAGAAGAAGAACACAACACUUGAAGUUUUCCCCAGAUGAGGAAUUACUUUCUCACUGGAAAGCAGUGGGUAAAGCCUAAGCUUCAAACAUGCUUAAAAUGGAUUGGCAUGGUGUGAUCUCACACAGAUUUACAGUGCAAUCCUAUCCAUUUCUACUCAGAAUUAAGUCUGGUUGAAUUCAAUAGCAUUUAUUGGAUUCUGUAGGAUUGCAGUCUAAGAAGACAACUUGACAGUUCCUUCUGAAAGUGCCUUUUGCUGUCCAUAGCAGGACAAUUUCAGCUGAUUUCGUUUAGAGCUCAUAAGAGCCAUGCUGGGUUGGGCCACGGAUAUAUCUCCUCCAGCAUUCUGUUCACGCUGUGGCCAACCUGUGAGAAAACUCCAAAUAGACCAUGAGUGCAAUGUAGCUCUUGUUCCCCAACAACUGGUGUACAAAGGCAUACUGCCUCUGAUACUGGCAGUAGCAUUUAACCAUCAGACCUUGUGUCCAGUCAUAGCCUUAUCCUCUUUGUAAUUGUCACAUUUAAUUUUUGUGAAUUGCCCAGAGAGCUUUGACUAUUGGGCGGGAUAGAAAUGUAAUUAAGUAAAUCAAAUAGCUUUUAAAGCUAUCUGAGUUAGUGACCUUUGCCAGAUC